UUGCUUAAGUUUUAUGCUCCCUGGUGUGGUCAUUGCAAACGACUGGCACCAAUUUUGGACCAAGUUGCCCCAGAAAUCGCGGGUAAAAUGGCGAUUGGCAAGGUGGAUUGCACCCAGGAAAAGAAGCUAUGUAACCAGCACAACGUCAAGAGCUAUCCCACACUCAAAUUUAGUCUCGACGGACAUCUCUUUGACUAUCCCGGAGGAAGAAAAGAAGGAGACAUAAUUGCGUUCGCGAACAAGAUCAACCGUCCACAUGUGCAGAUGAUGGAUAGUAUG